UUUCCUGUCUGUAGAUAGAUAGGCCUGACCCUGAAUAGUGAUAUGGGCAGAAUUGGCGUUACGUUUGAAGUUGAUAAGUAAAGCAGUAGUAAAGUAAAUUUGUUAAGAUAUUAAAAAUGGAUCUAAUUAGUUCAGAAGAUAGUUUUAGUUCUUCCAUAAAAUACUUACAGAGCAAGAUGUUCCAAAAAGCAAAGUGUAGUCAAAUUGUUUAUCCAUCAGAUUUUGAUCAAAGAAGAAGAGAAUUGCUCAAGAAGAUCCAGAUUAUAAUUUUGCUGACUGUAAAAAGUGUUAGUGACGAUGAAUGUCCUUUGUUGAAACUGAGAUCAAGACGUUGUCAAUGGAAACAUUGCAAUUUUAAUCAAAGGUUAAGCAAGAAAUCAAACAAAGAAGUGCAACUACAAGAAGUAAGAUACACUACACAAAAGAAGAGAUUUGAUAUAAUAUUCAACAUUUUGGCUAAGAUAUACCGCCUCCUUCAGACGAAAAGCUCCAUGACAAAGAGAGAGCUGUAUUACGAGCACACCGAACUCUUCGGCAGCCAAGCCACAGUCAAUGCUGCACUCAUGGACAUCUGCGGCCUGCUGGGAGCAACGCCCUGGGAACUGCGGGUUUUCUCCACAUCCAAAGGUUUGGUCGCUGGGGACCUUGUCAUUACCACAGCAGAUAAGGAAGUCGUCAACUGUUCCAAACCUAGAGGAGUGCUGGUUCCACAAAAUGUAAAAGAAAUUAAAAAAAUAAAGUCGUCAGCAGCCUUUAUUCUGCUUGUGGAGAAAGAUGCUGCUUUUCAGAAACUUCUAGAUGAAGGAGCACAUUUGAGAUUUGCUCCUUGCAUAAUUAUCACAGGCAAAGGAGAACCCGACAUCAACACCCGACUGUUGGUUCAUCGUCUUUGCCAGGAGUUGGCCAUUCCUGUCUUUAUAGUGGUUGAUGCUGACCCAUAUGGUAUAGAGAUCAUGUGUACUUAUAGGUUCGGCUCUCUGAGUCUGAGUGAGUACUCGCAACACUUAGCUGUGGCGGAGGUGAGAUGGGUCGGCAUACAUCCCACAGACAUCGCCAAGUUCUGCAUCCCUACAGUUCCCCUGACCCCCCGGGACUUUGUCAAGGCCAGGGACCUCGCCAGCAGACCCUAUAUCUUCCAGAAUCAGGAGUUGCUAGAGCAGGUGAACUGUCUGUUGAAAUCUGGAAAGAAGUGUGAAAUAGAGAAUUUAUCUGCUCUCUCCCCGACCUUUCUCACUGACAUGUUUCUCUCCUACAAAAUCACCUCCAAGGAAGUUAUUUGAUUUCCUGCUUCCCAUGCCAACAACACCAGAUCUAUCAUUUGUUGUGUUAUACCUAUAAAAUGUUACUCUAUAAUAAUACUAAGUAUGCUAAAUAUUGAGGACAAUUUUAUAAGUUGUAAAGCUGCAAUAUAAAUAUAGAAAUACUAAUAAUUAUAUAGAUUGGAUUUCUUUAGUUUCAAUAAAUUCUUCUGUUUAAAAAUUCACGCAACUAGGUGUCCGUAAAUGUUUUUAGUUGUAAGAAACAAUAAAAGUAUUAUUUAUUAUAGAGAAAUUGUUUUGGCGAGGUUGAGAUCCAGGACGUACCCAGCGAGGGAGUCCAAGGGGUCCUGAAC